GUUCUUGACUUGGUUAUUUCUUGUGUUUGUAAGGGAGCUCUUGAUCAGGACUCCUCAGGGGCUACGAGACCAAGUUCAUAGCCAAGGAGAGCAGGGACUUAAAAUGGACUGGCUUCUGGUUGAUCUCGCAAAAGCAGCAGAUGCAUGGUCCAUCCUCCCCUUUAGUUCUCCUGCCAAAAAGCGAGGCACAGAGCAACAGAGUGGAUGAAAGCUGCCUGUGUCCAUAGUCUGAGCAAGUCACUCGUCUCAGUGCUUGGAGAAAUUGUGAAAUGGCCUGUGUGAACAGGAGGGUCAUAUUGAUGGGCAUGCAGUAUGUGCCCAUGGGACCUCUAGCUGAUUCCCAUUCCACUCUUCAUGCCUCUUCUAUUUUGGAGCCUGAUGGAUUACCUAACGCCCACCUCCUUCUAUGACAUCGAUUACGGGAUGUCAGAGCCCUGCCAGAAGACCAACGUGAAGCAGGUGGCAGCCCAGCUCCUUCCCCCACUCUACUCGCUGGUGUUCAUCUUUGGCUUUGUGGGAAACCUGCUGGUCAUCCUCACCCUGGUCAGCUGCAAGAAGCUCAAGAGCAUGACUGACAUCUACCUGCUCAACCUGGCCGUGUCCGACCUGAUGUUCCUGUUGACGCUCCCUCUGUGGGCUCACUACGCCUCAGCCCAGUGGGACUUUGGAAACACGAUAUGCCAGCUUACGACCAGCGUCUAUCUCAUCGGCUUCUUCUCCGGCAUUUUCUUUAUCAUCCUCCUGACCAUCGACAGGUACCUGGCCAUCGUGCACGCUGUGUUUGCUUUAAAAGCCAGGACAGUCAUCUUUGGGGUGGUGACCAGCGGGGUCACCUGGGUGGUGGCAAUCCUAGCAUCUCUUCCAACCACUAUCUUCACCAGAUCUCAAAAAGAAGGUAUGCGGUAUACAUGCAGCUCUCACUUUCCACCCAGUCAGUAUCAUUUCUGGAAGAACUUCCAUACAUUGCAGAUGACCAUCCUAGGCCUGAUCCUGCCCCUGCUUGUCAUGGUCAUCUGCUACUCGGGGAUCCUGAGGACCCUGCUUCGCUGUCGCAAUGAGAAGAGGCGGCACCGGGCUGUGCGGCUCAUCUUUGCCAUCAUGAUUGUCUAUUUCCUCUUCUGGACUCCCUAUAACAUCGUCCUCCUCCUGAACAACUUCCAGGAGGCCUUCGGUCUAAACAACUGUGAGAGCAGCAACCAACUGGACCAAGCCAUGCAGGUGACAGAGACACUGGCCAUGACACACUGCUGCAUCAACCCAGUGAUCUAUGCCUUCGUUGGGGAGAAGUUCCGCAGGUACCUCUCGCUGUUUUUCCAGAAACACAUCGGCAAACGCUUCUGCAAACACUGCCUGUUCUUCCAGUGUGAGACUCCUGAACGAGCCAACUCAGCUUACACCCGAUCCACUGGGGAGCAGGACCCCUCCACUGGCCUGUGAGCAGGACUGGGUUACACGUGCCACCCAAGACACAUUCUGGGCUGGAGAGCAGUUCAUUUAGAAAGGAAAUUACUGUCAUGGAGGAGCCCAAGUGGUAUCCAUCUACCCGACAUCUGUUUGAAUUAUGCUAGGUCUUUUAUGCCCAUCCAUUCUCAAAAGCGAAAGCAAUGUAUAUUGAUGAACUGCCCACCACUCCACACACAAGUCAUGGACCAGCUCUUCCCUGCCAAGUUUAUUACAAAAUAUACCUCCAAGAGCUGCUGGGUCCUGAGCUUGGCGAUCUGAGCAGCCAAGAAAAUGAAUCCAGAAAUAACAUUGUACAGCAUCUUGGCUGUGCAAGACAGCACAGGGGUGGGGAGAAAAGGCAUGACAGGGGUUAGUGAAGAAGGUGUUUUUCCCUUCCCAGGCAAGGUCAGCAGGUUCCACAGCUUUCAGUGUCCCAGAUGCUGGAGGAGAAGAGGCUGUAGGCACUGCAUGGGCAAAGCUCACUGGUGGGCAGACCCCGUGGCUGCCUCGGGGAUCUGCCAGCCUCAUGAUCAUGACGGGCACAGCAGAUAGUGUUGCAGAAAGCCUACACCACACAGCUGAAAAGUCACCCCAAAAGGUGAACUAUGAGGGCAAGAAUCGGGCCAAAGAGAAGACAGCCUUUCUCUAAGACAAGUACCCUGGCCACAGCAAGGAGGUGGGCUCCAGAGUGCUCCAGAGUUGGCAGGAUGUGGGGUGGGUUUGACAGAAAGGGAGAUUAAAAGUCAGAAUGAACCCUUAACUUCAAAAGCCCCUUGAAGCUGGCCUUGGAGAAGAGAUCAAAUCCAAAAUGAAGAGCAGGGGCUGGUGUUGGCCGAGGUGGCUAGUUCUCUGAGCUUGAGCACUGGCCACCUCUCCGAAGGCUCUGGCCUUCCCAGCAGUCCUUGCCAGCCUAGCGGAAUGAACAGGUCUCUCCAGGAGGUUUGCAAACACUAGAUGUAUGAGCACGGAGCUCCGGCUUAGAACAGCUGCAGAUCCCAGAUGCCAGUCAAAAUGGGGUGAGGGGCAGGGGAAGAUGAGCUAUGUGGGUAAGUAAAAUCCAGAAUUCUGGUAAAGUUUUGAACAGAGGGGCCCCAAAGACGGGAAGCCAGAAUGACUAAAAUUGGGCCUUCCCUAGGGUCACAAUGCUUAAAGGUGUCAUUUUCUGGGUUGAACCACCGAUAGUCAAGGGGGAGAAGUAGCAUAUUCAUUCAGAAACAGCAAUUCACCAGCUGAGGCUGGUGGGGGGGAGGGUGGGACUCCAGGAAUCUUUCAGAGGCUUUGUCCUACAAACCCCCAACACUAAGGGAUCUGUUCAUUUCAGAGAAGUGCUAGCAUGCUUUCAUUUUCUUACUGCUGUUAGGAUUUGGGUCUUGAGUUUGGUUUUCCCUCCCCUUCCCCCAGUUGCUUCUUACCUCAUUUUGUGCACACCUGAACUUGUUUUGAAUUUGGGAGUGGCAGGUGAGGAAGCACCAAAGAAGUGAGAAUCUCUCGGGGGCUUAAGGUGUCAGAAUUGUAAGAGGUACUACUAAUUUUUCUCAAGAUCUGACUCUGAAUCAUGUACCCUGUGGCUGUCAACAGGAAGCAAUGGAUGGAAGUGAUCCAGCCCCAUGGGUCAAGUUCAAAAAUGUUCAGCCGUGUGUGUGUGUGUGUGUGUAUGUGUGUUCUCCUAUGGUGUAGAAAGUCACAAGUUGCUGGGAAGAAAAUACUCAGCUAAUAAAUUGCCUUCUAAAGCGUU